AAAAUGCAGAGAGACACGAAUCCGCUAGUGCUGAGCCGUGUGAUCGGAGAUGUCAUCGAUCCCUUCACUCCCACCACUGAUCUCCGAGUAUACAUUGAUGGCCGGAUCCUCUGCAACGGCUACCGCCUCCGCCCUUCUCAGAUCGUCUCCCGCCCUAGGGUUGAGAUCGGCGGCCAGGAUUUUCGCACUCUCCACACUCUUGUUCUGGUUGAUGCUGAUUCUCCAAGUCCUGGAAAUCCUUACAAUAGGGAGUAUUUGCACUGGUUGGUGAUCGACAUCCCCGGAGGCAUGGGUCCGGACUUCGGGAAUGAGGUGGUGGAGUAUGAGGCCCCUCAGCCAUCGUUGGGAAUCCACCGCCUUGUAAUGGUGGUGUUCCGGCAGCCACGGCGGCAGAUGUUGAUCGCCCCGGAGUGGCGCAACAACUUCAACACGCGGCAACUUUCGCAGGUGUACAACCUCGGAGAACCGGUGGCCGCCUUCUUCUACAACUGCCAUAGGGAAAACGGCACCGGUGGCCGGAGAGCCUAA